CAAUGGAGGACAGUGAGGAGCCUCAAGACUUCAUUAGGGUGUUAUCAGGAAAGCUUUCAGCGGAUGAAGUGUCUCAGUUGGUGGUUUCUCCUAGCUGUGGUGCGGUGUCGCUCUUCAUAGGUACGACGAGGAAUCAUUUUGAAGGAAAGAAGGUUGUGAGUUUAGAGUAUGAGGCUUACGCACCAAUGGCAGAGAUGGAAAUAAAGAAAAUAUUGUCUGAUAUCAGACAGAAAUGGCCGACUGUAAAGCACAUAGCGGUUCAUCACAGGCUAGGGUUGGUUCCAGUAACUGAAGCCAGUGUUUCCAUUGCAGUUUCCUCACCACACAGGAAUGACUCCUUGGAUGCUGUGAAAUAUUGUAUAAAUGCCUUGAAAACAACUGUGCCUAUAUGGAAGAAGGAGAUGUAUGAAGACGACGGCUAUACUUGGAAAGAAAAUAAAGAAUGUUUCUGGAAAAAAGAAGAUGGCAUAAAAUAGAAAUAUGAUAUACUGUAUACAGGGUUCUCUUUGUAGCAAUGUUAUUGUAAACCUGACAUAGACUUGAAAACGGGCAAAACAGAGUGUAAGAGCCAGUUCACACUGGGGCGACUCGUCAGGCGACUCAGCCGCCUGACGUGUCGCGUCCCAUUGUAUUCAAUA